ACGAUAGCUGACAGCUGUUAACGUUCCCAUCACCUCUAUUCAUUGUCAGCAACUCACAGCUAUGAUAGUAUAUGCAGUAUUAUCGCUGGGAUUCAGUGUGGGGGCUAUCCUGGGGGACGGCGAGCCAAUAGCCUAUCAGGUUUUCAGGAAAGCAGGCGAUAUCAUGAUCGGAGGACUGUUCCCCUUCCACACCACUGUUAAUGGCUUGGAUAAUUAUUGGAAACCAGAACCACUGACGUGUUCAAGCUUAAACCCUACAGGCUUUCUCCAGGCUGUAGCAAUGCAAUUUGCACUGGAAGAAAUCAACAACAGCACUACCCUCCUUCCAGGAUGGACUUUGGGCUAUGAGAUCUAUGAUACGUGUUUUAGUACACUGGCUUCUCUGCACCCUGUCCUGCUCCUCCUAACCAAAAAUGGGACAGAACUUGUGGAAAUGAAGUGCAAUCUUACAGACUACAAAACCAGAGUCAUUUCUGUGAUUGGACCUUCAUCCAACGAGGUGGCCACUGUCACCAUGAAGCUCUUCAGUGCUUUCCUUGUGCCUCAAAUCAGUUAUUCUGUGACUUCUGAUGUAUUUAGCGAUAAAACGGUCUACCCUGCCUUCUUCCGAACCGUACCAAGCGAUAGUAAGCAAAUUAAUGGCAUGGUUGAUUUGAUGACACGCUUCAAGUGGAACUGGAUAGCUGUUGUGGUUAGUGACGAUGAAUAUGGAACGACAGCUCUACAGCAAUUCUCUUCUUCUGCCAUGGGCACAGGCAUCUGUGUUGCCUAUGAAGGUCUAAUCUCAAAGACCCUCUCAAACUCUGAGACAAACACCAUCAUUGAGGACAUAUUGGACAAAAUAGCUCAGGCUGAUGUCAACGUGGUGCUGGUUUUUGCUUCUCUAACACAGUCCAUAGCUCUCUUCGAAGAAGUCAUUAUGCGUAAUAUGACAAAAGUAUGGAUAGGAAGUGCCUCCUGGGUGCUUUCAGAAGAUAUUUUGUCUAUACCAGGAAUUGAACGCAUUGGAACAGUAAUAGGAUUCUUCCCAAAUGCCCACUAUGUUUUUGGAUUCGAGGGAUUUCUAAAAAACGUCAUCUCACAGAUAUACCCAUCACAGUCUGCCCUGGUGUCCUCAUCCUUGGGGACCAGUGUAGGUUACCAAAACAUUGAUCUCCAGCCGGACAUAAUCAACAGUAUAUUAAGCCCGCUGACUGCUUUGUAUGCACAUAGUGUAUACACUGCUGUGUAUGCAGGGGCUUAUGCAUUGCACAGUCUUCUUAACUGUACUUUCAUAAAAUGCAACAACCAGGGUUCUAACCUUUAUGCUUGGAAGUUGCUAGAAGAAGUGAAGAAAGUGAAUUUUUCCAUCUUUAACACAUCGUUCAGAUUUGACAGUUAUGGUAAUCCCAACACAGGAUAUGAUAUUGUUACUCAUAGCAUGUCUGAAUUGGGCUUCAACAUAAUUGGAUCUUACCAAAUUGAGCUGACGUUGAAUAGUUCUCUCAUUAACUGGAGAACCAAACAAAACCUGGUUCCAGUAUCUCAGUGUUCUGGUGACUGCUUACCUGGUCAGAUUAAGAGAGUGAAAGGAACACAUUCAUGCUGUUUUGACUGUAUUGAUUGUCAGGAGGGAUUAUUUCAGUCUUCUGGAGAUGACUUCCAGUGUCAAUCUUGUGCAGCGGGUCAGUGGUCCAGUGUACGGAGCAUCAGCUGCAGCUACCCUACCUACCUGUAUCUACAGUGGAGUGACACUGCUGUUAUUUGUCUUCUGUUGCUUUCCUUUGUCCUCCUCUGUUUUGUCCUGGGAACCCUCAUUCUAUUCUUCAACCACAGGCAUUCUCCGCUUGUUCAGGCCUCUGGUGGCUACAUGUGCUUUUUUGCACUUACUUCUCUAGUGGCUGUACUAUCCAGCAUGGUUCUUUUCAUAGGUAAACCAGUUUAUUUGGUGUGCCUAGUACAGCAGCCAUUCCUGGCUAUGAGCCUCACUUGCUGUCUGUCAACAUUCUCCAUCAAGGCCCUUCAAGUCAUGCUGGUGACGGACUUUAAAGAAGUUCCCACUAAAUAUAUCCAAUGGUUGAAGACCACAGGGACCUGGGUCUCUUUACUUUCUGGCAUCCUUAUUCAGGGUUUGUUUUGCAUCUGGCAUAUUCUAAGCAUGGUCAAUACACCUCAAAGCAAUGAGGUCACUUUCCUCUAUAAAUAUCUAAAGUGUGAAAUAUCCAAUGUCCUUGCUUUCUUUUUGAUGUUUGGCUAUAAUGGAUUACUAGCUCUUAUAUCCUUCAUGCUAAAUUGUGUAGCACAGGCACCCCCUGGCCAAUACAACCUGGCCAGAGACAUCACAUUCUCAACAUUGUCCUAUUUGCUGAUAUGGAUAGUUUUUGUUCCCGCUUAUGCUGAAGUUACAGAUGGUAGUCAAUCUUUGUUGCAAAUGGCAGUUACGCUUAUCAGUUCAUUUGGUAUAAUGGUGGGUUAUUUUGCUCCCAAAUGCUAUAUUCUUUUGUUUAAUCCACAGAUGGCAUCAGAGGAGUAUUUUAAAGUAUAUAUUAAUUAAUAUCAAAGUAGCUUUUUUUGAGCUAUAAAUAUAUUUUAACCUCAGAAAAUGAUGGUGUCGGUGUAUCUUAGGUUACAACUGUAUUUACUAUAACGUUGCAGAGUAAGUUUGGGCGUGUUAAAAAUAAAUCAAAUAAAACAUAUUUAUCUCA